GGUUCCAAUACUGUUGGGACAAUGGCGACCGUGAUGCAGAAAAUAAAGGAUAUCGAAGAUGAGAUGGCAAGAACGCAAAAGAACAAGGCUACUGCUCAUCAUUUGGGCUUGCUGAAGGCUAAACUGGCAAAGCUGCGGAGGGAACUCCUUACUCCUUCAUCAAAAGGUGCUGGAGGUGCUGGUGAAGGUUUUGAUGUUACUAAAAGUGGUGAUUCAAGAGUUGGUCUUGUGGGUUUCCCUUCAGUUGGCAAAUCUACUCUACUGAAUAAAUUGACUGGGACAUUCUCAGAGGUUGCUUCCUAUGAGUUUACAACCUUAACUUGCAUCCCUGGCGUGAUAACGUAUCGUGGAGCUAAAAUUCAGUUGCUGGAUCUCCCUGGAAUUAUUGAGGGUGCUAAAGAUGGAAAGGGUAGAGGAAGACAGGUUAUCAGUACUGCAAGGACUUGCAAUUGUAUUUUAAUUGUUCUCGAUGCCAUAAAGCCAAUAACUCAUAAGCGGCUUAUAGAAAAAGAGCUGGAGGGAUUUGGUAUAAGGUUAAAUAAAGAGCCACCAAAUCUGACUUUUAGGAAGAAAGAUAAAGGUGGAAUCAACCUCACUUCAACGGUUACCAACACACAUUUGGAUCUUGACACUGUGAAGGCUAUAUGUAGUGAGUACAAAAUUCACAAUGCAGAUAUUACUCUCAGAUAUGAUGCUACUGCCGAUGACCUUAUAGAUGUUAUCGAGGGAAGUAGAGUAUACAUGCCUUGCAUCUAUGUUGUGAACAAGAUUGAUCAGAUCACACUUGAGGAAUUAGAGAUAUUGGAUAAGCUACCUCAUUACUGCCCAAUCAGUGCACACCUGGAGUGGAACCUCGAUGGUCUUCUGGAGAAAAUUUGGGAAUAUCUCAAUUUAACUCGUAUUUAUACUAAACCUAAAGGGAUGAAUCCUGACUACGAGGACCCGGUAAUAUUGUCAUCUAAAAGAAGAACAGUUGAGGACUUCUGCAAUCGCAUUCACAAGGAUAUGCUUAAACAGUUUAAGUAUGCUCUGGUCUGGGGUUCAAGUGCGAAGCAUAAGCCUCAAAGAGUUGGCAAGGAGCAUGAACUUGAAGAUGAAGACGUGGUUCAGAUUAUCAAGAAGGUAUAAGAAGUUAUAAGUGUUGUUGCAAGAUCUUCAAGAUGAUAUCUUAUAGAAACAUAACAGGGGCAUGAGUUGGAACUGAGACUUACAAGCAGUGAUUGAAGAUCUCUUCGUGAUUUCCCCGUGGUUAAAUCACACUCAAAUUACUUUACUUUUUCAGUUGGGAGUUGAGUAUUUUCAGUCCGGAGAUGUAAUUAAAAAACUCUAGUUUGUGAUGUCUCUUUUUAACUAUGCCGAUACAAAUGGUGGAUAUUUGGGGCUGCUCUUGUAACAUGUUAAUUGUUUAGAUAGAUGAUUCAGGUGGAUAUGUUGGUAUGUUUUUUGCUGGACAUUCUGAACAAGAUACAGACAAACUUUAUCCAUGUCAAAUAGUACGACUGAUAUUGAUAUAGCUUUUGGAAAGAAAA